GCGAGCAGUUUAAAUCUGGCCAGUGUUGAUUUGGCCAAGACGGUCCUACCGACCCUGUACCACGAGGGUUCUGAGGGUGGUAAAUCGAAGAGUAGUAAAGUGAAAGGGGAUAAGGGAGACGAGCUGGAUCUGCCCUUAGCGAAGAGAAAGGUCCUAUAGGUAAGAAAUAAAGAGGAGAAACAGAUAAAGCUGUUAAAAGGUCCAGAGUUGGACAUGAAUGAUCUGGUUUGGCAGAAUUGGUUAAAGAAGUUGAGAGUUCCAAAGGUGUUCACGAGAAUGCAAUGAGGACAGCCCUAGAUGAAAAGGGUGCCCUUGCCUUGAAGAAGUCUGCUGGGUUGGCAGAUGAGGUUGUUUCAGCCCAUGGGGUUGAGUUUACUCCAGAAGGGAGUUGCCCAGAGAGUAACUGGGAGAAUCAGAGGAAUUUAGAAUUUGGACCAGGUACGGGUAUUGAAAGCCUGGAAGAGGCGAGUGUCCCAUUUGAGUGUGUCCAAGCUGGAGAUACCCAUGGUACUGAACCCGGUAACGCAGCUCAGAAAAAGUCUGAGGUAUUUGAUUCAGUUGUAGGAGACGGCCGUCCUCGUAAAUUGGAUGGACCUGGUUCGGGGAAGAGGGGGUUAACCUUGGUAAUCGUGGGAAGUGUGAGUUCCCCGUUGGUUGUGCUGGAGGGGGUGGUCAGAGUUGAUGGGAAGUUUACAAAUGGGGAAAUGACUGUUGUUGUGGAGGGAAACGGGAAAUCUGUAGUUCCCAAGUCAAAUGAAGAAAAUUUAAAGUUUAGAUUGGUGUCAGAAGAAGCAACCAGGCUACAGAACCGAUGGCUUGGUAACACGGUGCCUGCACAUCGAUUACAAGUUGAUUUGGAACGUAAAGGUGCCCCACACGCUGUUGUUAUUCAAGAGAGUGCUGUAAAGAAACCGAAUUUUAAAUGCGGCCUGAGGGAAAGAUUCGAACUGAAACCCAUCCGCCUGCCUGGUCUUGACAAAAGGGGCAACGUGGGUGGAGUGACGGAGAGAGAUUGCAUCAUCCCAACCUGGUUGACAUUUGAGACCCCGUGAGCAAGGAUAAAAAGGUGGACUGAAGGGGGGCUCAGCGUCGCAACAGGAGGAGACACCAUCGCUCAUCGCUCCUGUGAUACCGGGAAGCUAUUCGGAAGCCACGUGUGGUUUUGUUCCCCUUUUGCCUGGGAAACAAGUGGCUGAUAACAUCGAAAAGGACUUCGAGCUGACAACGGGGAACCCACGUUCCCGAUUCAACGGUUUGCGGCAAAAAGGAAGGGCAAGUUUCUUUUCUCACCACCAAUCUCUUUCUCUCUCCGACACGUGAAACUCAGCGGCCCUCCCCACAAAGGCAGAAAGCCUAGAUGAACUCGAGAGACUUUUAUAUUUCCAUCGGACAAAUUAUUACCCCUAGACAAUGAUAGAGCUUAUUUCUUAUUGAUUAUUACUAUACCUG